CCAGGGUCGCUGCACAACAACUCAGUUGUGACCCCGGCCUGGAAGCGCUGGCCAAUUCCAACGUUCGGAAACAUCACUCGCAGAGGAUCGAAUACCUGUGAGAAGCUUGCAUUUCAACUAAUCAAAACCACCAUGACUACAUAAAACAGAUUUAUGGUCUGUCAACUCUUCAACAGAUUUUCUCGAAUCCUCUUGUAUUUUAUGAUGCCCACGUUCUCCGUCGAAAGCUCAGAGCGCUGCAGUCGCCACAGCCGCCGUCUCCCAAGCGCCAUCCCUGCACCGAACUCUAUACCCUCGAUAGCAAGUUGGUCGAUUAAAGCGAGAUCAUGACGCGGCACGCAACUAUAGAUAAUGAUUCGGGAGCUGCUGCCGCCUCCUGCGGCCCCGAUUCCUGCUCCCCGACCACAGUCGAUAGCCUCUUCUCGACAACCGUUGCCCUCACCCCCGUGUUCCUCACCUUCGCCUUCGCCUUCUCCCUCGCCCUGACGCGCCUCUUCCCGGCGCUCGCUCGCCUGCAGCAGCAGCAGCAGCAGCAACAACAAUACCAACGGGCCGGUUUCCAGGGCUCCAAACAACCACCAGACGGAGGAGGAAUCUCAAUCGACGACGGCCAAGACCACUUCCUGCCCGCGUCGGCCCCGCCCUCCCUGCGCCAGGCCCACGCCGAGCAGGCGGCCCGCUCGCCGCGCCGCCGUCUGGCCGCCGCCGCCUUCGCCGCCACCGUGGCGCUGGCGGCCGUCCUGGCCGAGCUCAUCCUGGCCGAGAUCCUCGAGCUCGAGGGCGUCGUGCUGGGCGCCCGCGCCCGGGCCGCCGCCCUGCGCGUCACCAUCCCCGCGCUGCUCGGCAUGCUGGUCGGCGCCGUGCCCGUGCUGGAGGCUCAGAGCGUGCUGGCCUCGAGGGGAUGGCGCUUCGGGCGGGACGCCAAGGGCAGGCUGGUCUCGAGGGCGUCCUGGGCCGUGCUGGGCUGCGUGGUGGCCGCGUGGCUGGCGGCGUUCUGGCUCGUCGGCAGGGCGGUCCCCCGCUCUGCGGCCGGGGGGAUCGCCCCGGGCGGGGACGAGGAGUGGUGGAAGACAGCCGGGCUGGCGAGCGCGCGGGGAACCGGCGAGGGUUCCCGCUUCGAUAGCACUGCGAUGACGAUUGGGAGGGCGGCCGGCCUUCGGACCGCCGAGACCGGGCCGCUCGGGGCGCGGGCGUUUGGCGGGACCGGGAAGGGAGGCUUGUCCAGGGCAUGUCUGGAGAGGAUCGGGGUGAUCGGGAUCUCCCUGAUGGCGCUGCUAUCCGGGUUUGCCAGCGUGUCGAGUCCCUGGCAUACGUUUGUGGACAGCCGGACGUACCGGAGACGACCAGUCACCGACGCGGACAUUGCGCGGAAGCAGGCCGGGCUAGACGCGACGAGCGAGUUGCUGCUGACGAAGCGGCAUCGGCUGAGGUCGCUGCAGAGGAAAGCGCAGCUGGCCGCGGAAGGGAUGGGCGACGGGACGCCGCAUGGCGUGGCGACAGGUUCGGGAAAGGGACUGAUGAGCAAGGUCAUUGGGUCUCUCAAGGCAAUGACGGGCAGCGGCGAAGCUGCCGAGAUCAAGGCGCUUCAGCUCGAGAUAUCCGGCCUCGAAAGGAUGGAGGCGAACCUGGCCGCCUCCCUCUCCGCGCUCAAAUCCCGCCAGGCGGCGCACUCCCGGGAUGGUACCGCUCUCGGCCGCCUGCUGGCGGUCCCGCGAUACGUAUUUGCCAGCUACUGCGUCUACCGCAUUCUCGCCACGACUCUCACCACCUUCCGACGCAUGUACUACCCAUCCGCUUCCUUCUCCUCUUCCGACCCCAUCAACCGCUUCCUCGGCCUGCUCGCCAAGCAUUGGGACCCCAAGCUCGACCAGAUCGCCUGGGCACGCCAGAUCUCGUUCCUGCUGUCCGGCGUCAUCCUCGCGGCGAGCGCCAACUCGGCCCUCCAGACCCUCCGGAUCUUUGCGAAGUGGGCCCCGGGCCUGCUCUACCAGGCGCAGGCGAACCUAGCGUUGCUGGUCGGGCAGGUGGCCGCAACGUACGUCAUCAGCGCGGCGCUGCUGAUGAGGAGUAGCCUGCCCAAAGACGUGAGCCGGACCGUCGGGGACGCGCUGGAGAGCGCGCUGGAGCCCGGCUUCAUCGACCGAUGGUUCGAGGGCUGGUUCCUGCUUGCCAGUGCGGCAACGGCAGUGGGAAUAUGGGUGGGAAGGCAGGUUGGCCCCAGUUUCGGAGAUGAGUGGGACGAAUUUGCUGGGGAGGAGAUGGGCCAGAAGAGGUCCUAAAUUCGCUCCGCGGACAGCCAUUUCUCUUUAUCAUCAUGUUAAGAGCGUGUACUGUACUGUACCAUGUUUGUAAUCUACGUAGUAAUAAUAUUGCGUCGCGUCUGUUGCGCGGUCAAGGCUAUCACUCCGGGAAGGCUG